GAAAUGAUAGACGACUCUUCCAUGGUUGGCAUGAUUGUGAUCAUAAGGUCUCUGGACAGUUUAUGCGUCAGAGAGAGAACUAUUGGACUCAUUAAAAGUGGGUGAGUGUUGAAGACCGAAGAGCGCCAUGAGGGACCCGUGUCGGAUAUGUGGUGUCCGUUUGGUGGGAAGCCAGUGUCGCUGGAUCUUCAGCUCAUCAGCGAAAAGAAAGCUACAUGUGGUCUUGUCUCAUGUUCUGGGCUGGGAGGUGACUCGUGAUGGCCGUGGAGAGUUCCUCUGUGGAAAGUGUGUGUUCCAGUUGGAGAAGGUGGUAACAUGUGAUGUUAACAUCAGCCAGCUGCAGGAUAAAUACAACAGUCAGAUCCAGAAGCUGCAAGCGGAGAAAGAACACCUUAUUCAGUGCAUCAUCCACAUCUACAGAAAAAACAACUCACAGCUGGCCAGAAGUGAGUUAGAGAGCACCAGCUGCAAGACCCUGCUCAGGUCUUCUGAGGUGGACAGUCCUGAAGAUGAGGUUUUGUGUCACUUAGCCUCUGAAAUACAACAGUUCAAGGAGGGUGGAAGUGGCCAUUCAGAGAUUCAAAUUAGAAGGUGUGUGAGCCUUGAUCGGAUUGUAAGUAAAGGGGCGCGCUCAAGCCUCAGGAGGAGCAGGGUGGGAUCAGCAGCCUGGCCCGAUGGUUCUAUUAAGAGCUUUGGGCUCCGAGGAACACGACAAUGUUCCCAGAGCUUGUACCUCGACCUGAUCCAACGUAAGGGAACACUUCCUAGACCUGGAAUCAAAAGUCGCUCUACAUCCCUGCAGUGCCUCAAUAGAGACUUUUCCUUUGACACUUCUCCAGACCCUCCACCCAAAUCAAAACUCAGAGAGUCUAAGCUGUUAGUUCCCAGGCAGAGUGUCUCUGAUGAGCCAGGAGGAAAGGUUCAGGCCAGAGCAUUGCUCCGCCGCUCCUCAAGCCAGCCUUCUGUGAUCUCUGAUCUGAUCCAGCUCCUACGCUGCAUCCCAAGACAACAAGUCUCUGCUCCACCUGGGAGCCAAAUCCCUGUCUUGAAGAGGUUAAAUGCUGGUUCUCUCAACCUCAGGGUCAAACGUAGAUCAAAAGAGGCAAAGUGGAAGUCUCUGCAUGACCUUACAGAGGAGUUUGAUGAUCAAUUCACUCCUGUCAGAGUGAAGAAGCAGAAUGACUUUAGCCGAUUGGAGUCUUCUAAAACGCUCCUGACUGAAGAGAUCACCCAAGCAAAAAGCACAAUUGAGAACCUGAGCAAAACAUUGGAGGAAGCCCAGAAUCAAAACAAGAACAUGUUAGGAAAGUUGGAGGACAAGGAGAAUGAACUAAACUCUGAGAAGAAAAAUGCUCUGAAACGAGACAAAACGAUCCAGGGACUCACUCAGGUUCUUAGAGAGAAGGAGAAAGAGAUAGCUGAGCUGUGUCAUGACAUUGAGGACAGGGAUGAUGCUUUGGCCAAGGCAAGAGAGGCAGCACAUAAAGCCCAACUGCAGAAAUACCAGGCAACAGAGGAGCACCAGAAUCUUUUAAUGGAAAAACAAACCGAACUGGCCCAACUCCAGGCUGAACAUCAUGCCAAGGUGCUUGAAUCCCAGAAGCUUCAGCGUGGCCUGGACAGAAAGGAUCAGGAGCUGACUGACUUGCAGCAGGCAAAGGAGCAGCUGGAGGUGGAACUGGAGGAAAUGCAGCAGCAGAAGAAGAAGGGUGACAAAGCCCUCAAUGAUCUAAAUAAUCAUCUCAAAAAAGUAAGUGGAGAAAUUGGGGUAAGAGAGAGUGCACUGGAGCAGCAGUACGAAGAGCUGCUGGAUCAAACAAAAAGAAAACUACAGUCCCAUGAAUGCACAAUCCAGCGGCUAACAUCCACCCUGGCUGAUAAAGAGCAGCAGUUACAGGAGUACAUAAACAUGGUCAGAGAUCUUGAACAAAGCAAAAGCAUGGAAGGAAACGAUAAUGUGCUUUCCAAGCUGCGCCAAAGGCUGAAAGAGAAGGAGAAGGCUUUGGAGCAAGCGCUCGAUGAGAAGUUUGCUGCCAUUGAGGAGAAAGACAAUGAGAUACACCAGCUGCAGCUAUCUCUAAGGGAGAAAGAAAGAGACCUGGAAAGGCUCAAUAAUUUACUCUCUCAUAACGAGGAAACCAUUAAUAGUUUUGACAGUUUGAUCAAGGAGAAAGAUGUAGAGCUGCAGCAUCUUGCAAACACCCUGAAGAACCUGCAGAGAUCUAAGCAAGAUGUAGAAGAUAACCUGAACAGAUCUCUGAGGGAGAAAGACUCCAUCAUCAGCCAACUACAGCUCUCCCUGGAGGGCAAGACGAAAGAUAUGGAGGAAAUGGCUAACUCAAUGCUAAGCCAGUCACAGACUCAUGCACAUGACCUUGCCGAACAGAUGGGCCAGAGGUUGAAGGUCACAGAGGCUAUGCUGGCAGAGGCUCAGAAGGCCAGAGAAAGACUCAUCGCUGACAAUGAGAGUGCUGUGGAGGGACUGUUGGCUACAAUCAACAGCAAGGACAAACUCCUCAAGGAGUCUGCAGAGCAUUACAACCGCAUGCUGUCUGAGCGUACACAAGAGAUUCAGGAACUAAGAAAGAAGCUGUCUGAUAGUCAGCAGCAGCUUGCCACUGCUGAGAGGCAAACCUCCACAACAGCCCAGGAGAGUAAUUUGGAGACUGCAGAGCUCAAAGCGCUGCUCGCUGACAAAGACAGCCUCAUCAAUAAGCUGCUGCAGCGUGGUCAGGAGAGGGAUCAGUAUCUGGCAGAGAUGAGGCAGAAGGAGGAGCCAGAUCAUGUGUUGGAACUCAGACAAACUAUUCAGAUCAUGCAGGAGAAGUUGGUUGAGAAGGAAGCUGAGCUGUCCAGAAGGAACAGUGAGGAUAACGCGGAGAACAUUCAUCUCCCAAAGAAAACAGUUGUUGUCCUGAAGAAAGAACUGGCACAGAAAACUGAGGCACUGAACAAAGCACUUAAGAGGGAGAAUGAGCUAAAGAUAUCCUUGGCUGAGCUACAGUCUUUACUAUCUGAGCGAGAUGGUUGCAAUGAAGGUCAGGCUGCUAAUAUUGAAUCCCUGACUUCAACUCUGAAGACCAAGGAUGAGAUCAUCAAUGUUCUCCACCAACGCCUUGGUCAGAGGGGGGACAGCCGAGCUGAUCACACUCAAGAUCAGGUCAUCGGCUCUGGCAUGGAGAGAUCUCUCCCAGGGCUCCCCCAGAGAGAGAGAACCAUGAUUGGUGGAGACAGCCAGCAAGAAGCUUUCCCCAACCUCAUAGCACUGCAACAGGAGCAUAAUGCCCUGAACAAAGCCCUGAGAGCCGAACAACAGCUCUACUCCAGCCUGGUCAGGACUGUAAAGGAACAGGACAGUGCUCAGCGUCUCCAUGCUCUGCAGCUGGAGUUGACAGCUGUGCAGCUACUCAGGCAGCAGCUGGAGGAAAGCAUCAAAACUAACGAGGAGCUAAGGGAGGACUUGGAGAGAGAGAUACACAAGGCCAAACUCAGAGAAGGUAUUGACCUGAGUGAUUCCAAAGAACUGGAGAGUAUGAGACACCAGCUGGAGGAUGCACAGCGCUGGAAUGCCUCUCUGCAGGCUCGCUUAGGAGCCAUACAGAACCGUGGAGGAGGUGUUGGUGGGGCAAAUGAUGGUGGCGACACUUUGAGUUUCAUCGGAGAUCAGACUUCCUACAUGAGUAUCUGUGUGGGGGAGGAGCAGGAUGACAGCUUGUCUCAACUCUCUGUGCAAGAGCUCAGACAGAAGGUGCUGGAGCAGCAGGACUCUCUCAGCAGACUGCAGACUUUAAACCACGAGCUGCAGAACCGACCAUCAACUCUGGAGAAGUCAGACUACGACAAUGGAGGCAAAGAUUUGGCCAGCAGUAGUUCCUGGAAACAGCAGCUCGAGAAGAUGCAGGAGACGCGGCAUGUGGCUCAAAGUAGGAAGACACAACAUUCUGUUCAAAAUCAAGAGAGUCAGACAGACAUCUCACUAGGACAGAUGGUGUCUGGAGAGCUGUUGGGCAAUAUGAGUAUAAACAGUGGCCUCAGCCAGAGUAGAGAGCAUGCUCAGUCUGGCAAAGACACCUUGGACAUUGGAGAUGACGAUUCUGGGCAGAGGAGCACAGAUGAAAUAGCACUUAGAACCCUUCUGACUGACAGUGGGGUCCCAUCUGUCUUGCACCUUAGAGAGGAGCUGCGCAGACUCGAAGCAGAAAAUGUGGAGCUACGGGGUCUCCUGAAAGAGCAAAAAUCUUCAGAGAGUAAAGAGAAGGAGAGCAGAGAUGCCUCUGGGAACAGUAGUGACGGACAGGCUGAGUUGAGAAGGAGUGCGGAAAGCCUUCAAGGCGAGGCAGGAGGUCACACAAAGGUCAUGAAUCUGCCAACUGAGGAGGGAGACAAGAACUCCUACAAGAUGUCAGAUGGGGAGAGACAUGUCAGCACCACAGAGGGGACGAAGAAUCCCCCAACUAAUGGCCAAACACUCAACAAGAGUGCAAAGCAGCAUGUCACAAACCAUGGGGCUGGGGUCAAAUCUCGUCUCCCGGUCCCCGUGAGGCUAAGAGCAGAGGCGAGUAGCAGCAGGCAGUCUGAGAACUCUGAUCAUCUGAGAAUUGAUACACUUAAACACCUUCAUAUGGAUGAUGUAUGUGGGUCCGACCAGCUAUUGCAUACAGACUCUGACUCUUCCUCACGUGGAUACACAUAUGGCAGCAGCCAAGUGGAGACAGAUAACGUCUCUGAAGUAGCAACAACAAUGGAUCACACCCGAGCCAACUCUGCUCUUCUCACUCAGCUGGAGCUUCUUCACCAGGAGUGUCAGGAGAAAGAGGCUCUGAUCAACAAGCUCAGCAAGCAGCUAGCUGAUUGGGAAGAGCUUGACAUUCAGCUCCAGGAAAAGGAUUCGCUCAAUCGCCAGUAUGUUGAGGCCUUACAGGCUGCAGAAUCCACCAUUGCUUACCUUACCGCCUGCAGUCUGGACAGCCAGGGAGGAUUUGGCACCGCAGGGUCAUGUACAGCGUCGGGCUCUGUUGGUUCAGAUGCAGCCCUCCACAGCAGAUGCAUGGUCCUGCAAACAGCACUACAGGAGAAGGAGGAGCUUAACAACAGGCUUAUAGCUCUUCUGAGCAUGGCAGAGAAAGCCAUGGCCUCCACUAAAUGCCAAGAAGAGAAUCCAGAAAAUUGUGAUUUAUGUUUAAAGAUAGGGGCAGCUUUGCAGCAGGUGAAGGCUUCUUCAAGCACACAGUCUCCAAGAGGUGUUUUUGUAAGCACAGAGGACUCUGUGCAAGAGCUGCAACGGCAUGUGGACUCUUUGCAGGAGUCACUGUGGGAGCAGAACAGGCGUAAUGCAGAGCUUCAAGAACAAGUGAGAGCUCAUGAUGACGUGACUAAAUACAACUGCAACAGUAGCAGUGCUGUCCAAAAUGCAGAAUCACUUAAGGGAAAGGAGUCAAAGAAAAGUUCUGCUUUUAAUCAGGAGAUGACCAAAGUUCUCAUAAACUGCCUCAGUGCUGCAGAGUCUGCCAUUGCCUCUCUGGCAACACACUGUACAAAUACCAGCUCCUUAGCUUCUGGUAAAUCCUCACAGACUAGCUCUGACCUGCAGAUCACUUUAGAGAACCUUCAAAGGGCCCUGCAGGAGAGGAAAGACCUGGGUGAAACCACCCAGCCACCCUCUAAAUCCACCAGCAAUCAGUCUGCUGCUUCUGGAACAAAUGGAGAGCAUCGCCAAGACCUUCACAACAACAUCCGCCUCCUCUAUAAGGUCCUCGCUGAUCAAUAUCAGAGAAUAUCAGAGCUCCAGGCCUCACUCCAAGGAAAGGGCUGGAAAGAGGAGAGCAAGGUCCACAGGACAUUGCAGGAUGACAAAGGAUUACCACCAAAUGUUCAGCUCCAGCUGGAAGCUCUCCACAAGGCGCUGAGGGAGAAGAAGAAAGCGUGUAAAAGCCUGGAGGAGAAACUGGCCACUGCACUUUCAAACACAUCCUCCCCUGAAACUGCACGAAGAGCUCUGGAGCAGGAUGACAAAGGCGUGCAGGUGGAUUUGCAGGACCUGGGUUACGAAACCAGUGGAAAGAGUGAGAACGAUAGGGAAGAGAGCAGUAGCACAGAUCUAGAGGUUGGUGUGAAGCCCAGUUGCAGUGCCUCUAGCCUGCCCUACCUGCUGAAACAUGAGCAGGCCAACUUUUCCUCUACUGACAACCUGGACUCCACCUCCAGCACCCCAUACCCCAGUUCUCCGGCUUUCAGCUCAGCCAAGGUCAGUCUGAAGGGCCUGCAGGUCUAUGACGAGUACGGUGUGUCUGAGGACCCUCACCAGCUUCAGGGACAAGUCAAAGAGCUGAAGGUCCAGCUUGAAAACCAGACCAAACUCAUCCUGCAAAUGCAGAGUCUCCUGCGAAGGAACUCCCUCUCCAGUGAUCAAGUCGCAAACACCUCCGAUCCAUCAGCCGUGAGGGAUCAAGGGGGGCCACAUGGAGACCAUGGCCAGAAUAUAAGCCACAAAAGUGGGUCGCUAGGGGACAAGGAAGGGAAGAACCAGGCGAUGAAGGACAAAACCAGCCGUUUGAAUGUAGACCUGGAAGGAGAGAAGAUGCAGAACAGAAGAUUGAGUGAUCAGCUGCAGCAAACCUGCAGCGGUUCUACAUCUCCUGCAAGACUGGACUCCCUGGUACAGUCACAGGCCCGGGAGCUGUCACAACUGAGGCAGCAGAUCAAGGAGAGCCGCAAGCUGGGAGCCCUGCAGCGCAGACAGCUGGAGGAGCUAAACAAGGCCUUCAAGGAUCUGCUGCAGGCAAACAAAGUGGACUACUACAUGGGGGAGGUGGUCAAAGAGCAGCUGGACAAGAGCCUCGGCAUCCUGGACAGGUUGGAAGGACGGCUGGACAAAGGAGACUCUCAUCUGGAUAACGAGGACAUGGCGGCUCUGGAGCUGUCACGCAGACUGGCUAAGGAGCUGCAGGAGAAGAACUUUCAGAUCCAGAGUCUGCAGAGUCAGUUAAGAGGCCAAAGUUUCAGCAGCCACCACAGCUCCCACUCUGACCUGAACCACUCAGACAGAAACUCCUCGUCCUCCUGCUACAGCAGCCCGACCUCACAGAGCAAUAACCAAUCCCACAGCCAGCGACCUCCCACCGAUUGGACGGGAGCAGCUGUCCCUCCUAUGGGAGGAGCUCAGGAGGAAGGAGGUGUGUUGGCUCACUACAGACUGCAGGGCCUGCAGCGGGAGAACGGGCGACUGCAUGAGCAGCUGAGAGACACAGAGGAGCUCAACACCACCCUGCGCAGUGAACUGGACCUGCAUCGCUCCAUCAUGGCCCAGACCAGCUCCCAUCAUCAGGCGCAGGAUAGCGAACAAGACCAGGAGGGAUGUGGGCCCCAGAUUGACACUCACACUGGAGUUGGAAAUGUUGGCUCACAGACUAACGUUGCCGAGCAGCCUCGCUCAAUGAGUUCAGACUCUCUUGCAGAACACUUGCAGGAGAUCCGAGCAUUGAGGCAGCGCCUGGAGGAGAGCAUCCGCACCAAUGACCGUCUCAGGGAGCAGUUGGAGAAGAGAUUGGCCGAGGUUGAGAAAGACCCAGCGGCCACCAACAUCUUCAUCCAGGGCAACGAGGAGCAGGGUCAGCUGGCCAACGAGGUGCGGUUCCUCUGGGGACAAAACCAAGCCCUGAAGGAGCAGCUCAACAUGGGCUCCAGAGAUAAGCAGAAGGAGAACGAGAAGCUACGAGAGACUCUGGCCAGGCGGACAGCAAAACUGGAGCAGAGCAGGAAGGAUCGUGAAUCUCUGAGGCAGGAGAACAGUCGACUGCAGGAGAGGCUGGAGCUCAGCAGCCAGGAAAACUCCCAGCUGCAGGAUUCACUGCACUACAGCAAAGAGGAGCUGCACAGGCUGCAGAUUGAGGUGAAGCUCCAGAGGCAGCAGCUGUCUGACUCCCAACAUCUGCUGCAGUCUCUGCGGGUGGAGGUGCAAGUUUAUGACAAGAUCAAGACUGAAUCUCAAAAACAGAACGAAUCCAGCGAGCCCACCCAGGAUCCCGUUUCUGUCCCUCCCCCCUCAGGCUCUGUAGACCUGAGUGAGCUGCUGCAGGAGAUCAGACACCUGCGGCUGCAGCUGGAGAGGAGCAUCCAGACCAACACGGCUCUGAGACAGAGGCUGGAGGAGCAGCUGCUCCGAGGGCCCAACCGCUCUGAAACCAUCAACAUCAACUACCUGCUGUCCUCACCAGACGAAGGAGGGAAAUCACCUGGUCGGGAAGGCUGUGAUCCUUAUCGUCACUCGUUUCAGAGUCAUAAUGAACACACGGGCGUCCUCCAUGAUGAGAGGCUUCGGGCUCACUCAGAUGGCGGCUCGCUCAGCAGCAGCUCCGGCGACAGCAUCACCGGUGCUCCCUCUCGCCUGGUGCCAGGUCACCGCAUGUGGGCCAACCGCAACGGCCGCCAUGUUCUGGGUCUGAUCGAGGACUACAACGCCCUCCGUAAGCAGAUCUCAGAGGGUUGCAAGCUGGCACGCAGCAUGGAUGCACAACUACAGGAAUGUCUGCACACAUUCAGACAGCAGGGAUCUGACAACAAGGUUAUAGAGCAGCAGCAUCUGAAGAGUUUGUCUGGUAGUGUGAACACCAUGCAGCAUGUGUUAGACGAGGCCGGUCGGCUCCUCAAACUGGUGUGGAGAGUCUCUUUGCCAUCUGGUAACACAGCAGGAGACGGCAGCAACAACCAGCAGGAUGAGCUGCUGAAAAACGAGGUAGCCAGACUGAAGAGCAGGUUGUCACAGCAGGAGAGGAUGCUGAGCGGAGCUGUGAAACGUCUGCGAACAACUAACCAGCUCAAAGAGGGGAUGGAAAGAGUCAUCAUCGACCAGUUGUUUCUGACCCACGGAGUGUUGAAAAAAGCCAGGGGGAAUUUAGAGACAAAUUACUGUACCAUCUUUGGGCUGAAAGGUCGGUCUGGAGGACCAGACGAAGGAGGUGCCAGUCAGUGGCCAGUAGGAGGCACUGCAGAGCAGCUACCUGAGCACAGGAACGUCCCCGUGUCUAGACAGCCUGCAGAGAGACACUCUGAUUCCUCCAACAGCGACGCCUCUUUACACUGCAGCUACUGAAUCUGCUGCUUCUGAUAAUGUAGCUAUCAGGCCUUAUUCUUCCUGCCUCUCCGUCCUGCUGUUAAACUGUCACCUUAUUCUCCAGGUAUCAAAGCCUUCUUGCACAUGACUAUAAUUUGGUUUAUUUUAGGUACUGAAGAUGUAAAUGUUUUUAUUCUUUAAAAGAAAUGCCUUUGUAAAUAGUGAUUCCUGCAUCUUAAAUAUUUUUCCUCUUUUUUUAUAUGAUGCAUAAAAAGAACAUGAAAUGUAUUUUAUUACUGAUUUGUUUUUACUUUUUGUUCUUUGUAAGCCAAUGUAUAGGAAGGCUGAAGCUUCCCCCGUGUUUAAAUUAUGUGCAAAUGCAGUAAAGAAAAAAAAGUUGAAUGAAACUAAA